CACUGAGACCUCUGAGGAACCAACAGCCUCUGAAUUACUGGUUUCUUCAUCACAGAACAUACACUCUGAUGUAAAAGAUGUUCAGGAAGAAGGAGAGGGGGACACGGAGUCUACAUUACCCAGCCUUGAGGUAGAAGACAAAAUGAAUGGACUGAUAAAGGUGGAUAGAAAUUCCAAGGAGGAUGUUAUCGUUUCCUCUCCUGUGAGUUCAGAGAAAACAGAAGCAGUAAGAGAGAGACAGGUUGAUGGUAUGGAAGUAGACCUGGUACCAGGUACCACUCAGGACACAGUGCCCAUAUUGAACCCUGCCGCCUCCCUCCUCCUGUCCUCCAACAUGGCUGUAGAGUCUGUCUCUUCCCCUUCACUCUCCCCGUCAUACACGGCAGAGUCAGACCAGGAGGUCAGGCCAGGGUUCCUGGUGCUUAGUGAAGAUGAUGAUGAUGUCCAGGAUGAGAGCGAUGAGGAAGAGGAGGAAAAAGAUGAGAAAGAGGAGGAACAGAGGGAAAGUGAAGGAGGGGUAGAAAAAGUUGAGGUUAACAUGGAGAAGCCAGAACAAUUUGAAAGUGGUGCUCCAGUUGACUGUCCGUCCCCUUCAUCACCAACGCCCCUUCAGAUUGAUGAAGAAGAGGAGGGUGCUGCUCUACAGAAGAAACGAUCCUUGUCUGGAGACUCGGAGGAUGGUGGUCAAAAGCAGGGAGAAAGAGACUUAGAAGUGGCGGAGAGGCAUCAUAAGAGGCCCAGAGUAGACUGUGAAGAGCUGGAGGCUCAUGUGGAGCUGAAGAUCAGUGGGAGUGCUGAAAGGCAACACAAGCUAAAGAAGGUGGUGCAGCAGCUUGUUGAGGAGAAGUUGUGUGUUCUGCAGCUCACACUAUUUGACAUGAGUCUUCAGGGGCUCAGAGACAGACUGGACAAAAUAGAAAAACACCCGAGUGCACUCAAGAUCCUGCAGGCAAAGAUUGGCCGACUCUUCUAA